AUGUCAGACUAUGUCCCCACCGACUCCGAAAGCGAGCGCGAAACCCGUGACAACUCACCAGAUCCACCCCACAACCGGCCCAGUCCCAGCCAAGUCAGACCGGUCCAAUCCGUGGAUCAACCCGACGAGUUGGCCGCCAGCCUGCCCAUGGAAUCCCACCCGGCGGCCGCGAGUCGGCGAGCCGCUAGAAUCGCCGCUGCUACAACCCAGCCAGUCAGGCCUGUCAGGGCAGCCCUUGUGCCAACCGGGGCCCCCCAGAGACAGGACCAACGUUCCGUUUUAAAUUCACAAACCGCCGUCGACCAGGAUGCAGUUGUUGAUGAGGAUACAGUGCGGGUCACCGCCUUUACUGGCUUCCCCGAUGGCAUCAUUGACAUGGCUCAUCUGGACGAGCCACUUGAUGAUGAGUUUGUCCGGGAGCUCGAGGGUGUAUUUGAACUCAGGCGAGGCUAUGCUCAUGUGGGUGAAGCACUAGCAUAUGUUGCACCCCCCCGUCAGUACGCCGUCCACCUGUACAGCCAGCUUGCCAUAUUGCAGGCAAUUGAGCAAUCCCGAAAUGAAAUACUCGCUGGUCCCCGUGCACCUGCGACCACUGUGGUCACGCCUGCGAACCAAGCUCGGACCUUUCAAUAUUCACCUGUCUUCAAGGAUUUCGUCAAGCGACAGACUCGUGAGCUCCUCAUGACCAAGAAUCUGAAAGUUUACGGCUCAGAUGUUCCUCGUGGCUCCCCGGCCACACUCAAGAGCCUGUUGGUACUAGUAUUGGAUCACAUCAAUGGCCAGCCAGCAAGCUUCAAGCAAGAUUAUCUCCCUCGCGGAUAUGCAGACGGUGACCCCGGCGCUGUUGCCAGUGUUGAUAGCCUGGUGAGGAGCAAGUUGCGGAAGAGUCAGGGCAUGAUGCGAGACUUGCUCUUGACUAACAUUCAAGCUCCGACAGGCAGGGAGAUAACUCAUCCAAUACCGACUAUUUCGGCCUUGAUGAUCGAUAUGCGGACGAGUAUGACCCCCCCACUUGCAAACAGCACUGCCGUUGGCGCCGCCGUCACUCAGGAAGCCCGGGGGCAUCAGACCCACUUAAAGGCGCGGCUUGCUUACCUUCGCAUCUUGACAAUCAUCCACUUAGUGGCGAGGGGACCCCGUGAAGCCAGUCGACAGUGGAGGAAUAUUGAUGAGCACUUGCGACGUUUGGAUGCGAUGGGAAGGGACUAUCGCACUGCAUUCUUCCGCCUUGUUCUGAGGGUGGACCGAGCCCUCUUUAACGGUGAGCAGUUCUUCGUUGGGAUAGACACCAGCACAAUCAAGCUGCCCACUGAACAGGAGGUGGAGGGUUUGAUGGCGACG